AUUAGAAAUUUGAAGGGUGGAAAAUGAAUCAACCAAUGAUCACCUUAUCUUUCUCUGCCCCAUCUCUCUCUCUCGGCAAAUUUUUAAUCCCUCGGUUGCGUGCUCUGCCCCAGCCGCACACUGUCGCACAAUUUUCUCCCCUACAUAAAAACUUUCCCCUUUUGUCUUCCAUAAAUCAUAGAAAACCCACUCUCCAAAUUGUAGCUGCUGCUUCUUCUCCUUCUUCUCUUGCUAUGGAUUCAAGCGCCAGUACUGAAAUAGCCCAUGACCACUCUCCUUUUCUUAAGAUCUAUAAAGACGGUCGAAUAGAGCGAAUUGCAGGCAUAGAGAUCGUACCCCCAUCUCUGGAUUCCAAAACCGGUGUUGAAUCCAAAGACGUGGUUAUCUCACCCGAAACAGGCGUAUCUGCUAGGCUUUACAUUCCAAAAACCACAAAGGAAUCACAAAAAAAGCUUCCUCUCCUUGUUUACUUUCAUGGUGGUGGGUUUUGCAUCGAAACCGCUUUCUCUCCACAGUACCACAACUACUUGAACUCGUUUGUGGCUGAAGCCAAUGUUGUUGCGGUCUCUGUUGAAUAUAGGAGAGCCCCAGAACACCCUGUUCCUAUUGCUUACGAUGAUUCGUGGGCUGCGCUUAAAUGGGUUGCGUCUCAUACUGAUGGAAAAGGUCCUGAUGAAUGGUUGAAAAACCAUGCAGAUUUUGAAAGUGUGUUUUUUGCUGGGGACAGUGCUGGGGCUAAUGUUGCUCAUCACAUGGGGUUGAGGGUUGGAUUAGAAGGACUUGCUGGUGUUAAGCUUGGUGGGAUUGUUUUAGUGCAUCCAUAUUUUUGGGGCAAAGAACCAAUUGGUGGGGAAGAUACUGACGCUGAGAAGAGAGGAAAGGUUGAAGCUUUGUGGCGAUUUACAUGUCCAGCAACGAGUGGCGCUGAUGACCCGUAUAUAAACCCAGGUACGGAUCCAAAACUAGGGAGUUUGGGGUGUAAGAGAGUGCUAAUUUGUGUUGCUGAGAAGGACAUGUUGAAGGAUAGGGGUUGGUAUUACAGUGAGUUAUUGGGUAAAAGUGGAUACACAGGGGUUGUGGAGGUUAUGGAAGCAAAAGGAGAGGACCACGUGUUCCAUUUGAUGAACUCAACUUGUGACAAUAGUGUUGCCUUGCUCAAAAGGAUUGUUUCUUUCAUCAAUCAGGGUCAGGCUUGAAAUGGUUCUAUUCUAUAUCUGUCUCUCUUUCAAUAGUCUCAUUAGGGGUAGUAUUUCAAUUGAAAAAUAAUUAGUUUCUAUUUGGUUAUGGUACUCUGAUUGACGUUUGUUCAAUAAAAGAGACAGAUAAUUCAGAAAAGUGGUGAACAAAUCUACUAAAGAGGUCGUUGUUUGAUUUGAUCAAUGAAGAUAAGAUCUCUAUUUAGCAUGAU